CACACAACAUCGGCCAGCAGCAAGGUGGAAGGUGGCCGCCACAACGUGGUAGAGAGCCAGCCUAGCUGCCGAUAAUUGAAGUUGCCGAACCACAUCCACGAAUUCCCGUCUGCAUUCGUGCUCUCGACGCUCGAACCCGACAGGAAAACACCAAACGCAAAACCUAACCUGGACUUUGGAACAAUCCGAUGGAUAACGCGGUUCAACCCAGUGCAUCAACAUUCAGGGACUACUAUGCCAAGGGAUACAGAGCAUGGCAGAGACUGCAUCGGAAGGCAGCUAGUUCUAUCGAAUUUCCCACCAACCUUGUGGACUUUGAGCACGCUUGCUCCCGUCAUCCUUAUCUUCACAGCAGCGUGAAAUUGGAGCCGGGUUACAACUACUACGCGAAGGGAACCUCGACAUGGCGACCAUCGAACGGCGACGGUACCUGCGAUCUUCGGCCCUUUCAGCGACCUUACUCACUUCCUGUCACAGCUCACCGCCCGAUUCCCGUUUCUGUUGAGCCAUCACCAGAACGGUUUCCGACAUGGUUUGCCGCACAAGAGAGUCAUCUCGGAGUCCUAACACUCGCGUGGGCCUACGUCUUGUCCGCGCGAUGGGCCGAAAUUGUACCAGGAGCCACCGGUCCUGAGUACACCGAUAGUUGUGCCAUCUGGAAGAACUCUGGGACAGCGAGCGCAGACCUGUGCGCCAGAGGCAUCCCAGUCGACAUCGGGCCAGCCUCGGACAGGGCUGCGAGGUGGUGGGCCGCUAUCCUCGCCCCGCAUCAAGGAUGGACGAGUGGCAUACGCCACGAGGAUCGUCUCCGCCCAGCGCCAUGGUCAACAAACCUCGUUCAGACCGGCAGGUCAUUUUUGCUCUCGCGAACAAGUACCACCGAAACGCCGCGCAACAUUAGCCCGCCGUCAUUCCGGGAUGCGGCGUACUACAUCUCGACGUACUCGGCUCAUCACGGCGCCGAGGACCUGAGCCGGGCUGCCUUCGCUGCAGCGUUGAUGUUGCCCUCAGCCAGCCGUUUCAAGAGCACAAUCAGCCUCCCCGCCCCCCAGCUCACAACUAAUUAUAGCGGCAGAAAGCAGCCUUCAAGUUGGGUUCCAACAGCGCCUCCUUGGGGCGAUGAUGUGCACCAGCUGGACAGGUUGCUCACGCUGAGCUGUAACAACUUCACCCAGUCGCUCCUGAGCAGUGUUAUAUUUGAGCCGGGUAUACCUUGCAACGUCUGUGGCGCCUGGAUCCAAGGAGCCUUUGCUGUACUCGAUUCGGAGCCGGUGAAAGCCAACCUACAGGUCCUCACAUUCACUCUCAUGGCACGAAACCCCAAGCUCGGCUUCCUCUGGCUCGGCGCCACGCUUCUCGGAAUCCACAACUUCAUCCUCCAGGGAAUGCGGGCUGUCCUCUACCCUGUCGAUCUGACUCUCGCCGGAUGGACCGAUACGCUUAUGUCGUUCAUCCAGGAACCCGUUUCGGAUCUUACGGAUAUUGCGUUAGCGGAUGGAGCGAUAACCCGUGCGGACGAAUGCCGGCUGAUGUUCCUGUCUCAGUCCCUGGACCACACGAACCCUCCGAUCGUACCAUUCCAACCGUUUGGUAUGACGGCUCUUGCAGACUGUAACCUGGAAGUGCAGGAGCAUGCGUGCUGCGGCAGUCGUCACCAGCUGUCCUAUGCUGGUUGGACAUGGGACUGUCGCGACGGUAUGCUUCCUCCUUACGAGAUCCCCAGCGUACCGGAGGAGAACAUAUUGCACCCAGCAGACGAAGGUCAGGAGAUUGAGGUCGACUACACCUACAUGGACCGCGAGAAGGACAGUUCUGAAGGUGUAACCCGGAGCAUCUUCCUGUGGUUACGCGGAACGGAUGGCUUUCCCAUCGCGGAGAGAAACAUUCGUGAGCACGAGUGGAUUGAUAAUCUGUACGAAUCAGACGAAGAGAGUGACUCGCCUGAAGGGGAUGGGCGGUCGACUGCUGUCAGGAGGGAUGUCGGCCCCAGGACGAUCGAGUCCUGGAUCGCACGGACUCUGACGUUUCGGCGAAACAGCUUUUACUAGAUGGGCCGUGAGUAGAGUGUAUAUCCACCCGAGAACGCGCUGACGCCGGGCAUUAAUCGCCGCGGGCUUGUCUCCACUCCGAGGUCG